CCAAGAUUGAAACUGCAGAGAUGGAAUGAGAGUGAGCGAAAGGGUGAUUAAGAUAGGGAGGAGCUGGCUUGAGGGGUUAACGGCGUUGGAGGGGAGACUGAGGAGAGUGCGAGGAGUUUGAGAUGGAGCCUGUGUGGGGGAAGUCAGGACGAGAGCGCUUGAAGAAUGCUGAAGGAGCCCAGUGUCAUGGUCCGGACCGAGAAGUCCGCAUUCAGGUGCACGGUCCAGUCCAUUGACCCUUGUUCCAGGUUUUCCUGUUUACCCCAUUCUGUUGAGCACUCUAACUGAGCCACAUGAUUCUAGUUUGGGCAGACUCAUGAAUACUUCUAGAGGCCAGGGCUUAGUUGCUUGAUUGUUCCUGUCUGAAUCCCUUCCCUUCCUUCUGUUGCCUUGCCUUGCCUCGCCUUGUGUGAAGCCUUGCCUCGCCUGUGACCCUCACUUGCACCAUGUCAGUCUUGCCUUGGAGCAACCCAGCGGUGGAAGGCUAGUGUAGUCUUCGAGAUAUAGAUUUGGCUGGUCCGUAGCCUGCUGAGGUUACCGACCGCCUCAAGUCUUGGAGCCACCCCGGACCCAGCUCCCUUCCUGUCCCUUGCCUCCGUCAGGUAAGCCAGGCCGUUUGCCGUUACCCUGCGGUUGGGUCUGUGCCUUCCUCUCCCUUGCCUCCGUCGGGUAUGAGUCCCGCGUCCUGCCCAGGAGUCGCCUCAAAGUACCCUUGCCUGACCUCCAAGCUCAAGCCUCAAGACCAAAACCCCAGCCUCAAACCUCAGGACCAAGACACCAGCCUCAAGCCUCAGGACCAAGACCAAGACCACAUCCUCAAGCCUCAAGAUCAAGACCCCAGCCUCAAGCAUCAAGACCAAGACCCCAGCCUCAAACCUCAGGACCAAGACUGCAGCCUCAAGCCUCAGGACCAAGACUGCAGCCUCAAGCCUCAUGCCCAAGACCCCUGCCUCAAGCCUCAAGACCAAAACCCCAGCCUCAAACCUCAGGACCAAGACACCAGCCUCAAGCCUCAGGACCAAGACCAAGACCACAUCCUCAAGCCUCAAGAUCAAGACCCCAGCCUCAAGCAUCAAGACCAAGACCCCAGCCUCAAACCUCAGGACCAAGACUGCAGCCUCAAGCCUCAGGACCAAGACUGCAGCCUCAAGCCUCAUGCCCAAGACCCCUGCCUCAAGCCUCAAGACCAAAACCCCAGCCUCAAACCUCAGGACCAAGACACCAGCCUCAAGCCUCAGGACCAAGACCAAGACCACAUCCUCAAGCCUCAAGAUCAAGACCCCAGCCUCAAGCAUCAAGACCAAGACCCCAGCCUCAAACCUCAGGACCAAGACUGCAGCCUCAAGCCUCAGGACCAAGACUGCAGCCUCAAGCCUCAUGCCCAAGACCCCUGCCUCAAGCCUCAAGACCAAAACCCCAGCCUCAAACCUCAGGACCAAGACACCAGCCUCAAGCCUCAGGACCAAGACCAAGACCACAUCCUCAAGCCUCAAGAUCAAGACCCCAGCCUCAAGCAUCAAGACCAAGACCCCAGCCUGCAGCCUCAGGCCUCUAGAUCCCAGCCACAUCCUAUCAUGAAGCCAUGUCAUGUCCUUGCCUGGUUCUGGGGUCCGAGCCCGAGGCAAGACCAAGGUUCUGGGCCAGAGUCCAAGCCUUGUCUCCUAGUCCAUGGUUUCUAGUCCUGGUUCCGCUCUCCCUGGCCCAGGCUCCUAGUUCUUAGUUCCUUGUCCGGGUUCCCUGUCUAGUCCAUGUCCUAGCCCAAGUCUUCGUUCUUGUCCCUGCUCCUUGUCUGUAUCCUGUCACGUCCCUACUCUAGUCAAGUCCUGUUCCUUGUACUUCAGUGUCUGUGUCUUGCAUUUGGGUCCAUUCCCAGUGCCACCCUUGUGACACCCUGUGAAAGACAGGGAAUGUGGGGGCAGCAGAAACAGUGAAAAUGCCGGUGUAAGAGAGGGAAUGAGGGUGUAUUGAGAGAGGAAGUUGGGAAAGAGAAUGAACAAGCACGUUGAAAGUGUAGAGAGGAAAUGUGGGGAGAGAGUAGAGGAAGAGAGAAAAUAUUGAAGGUGAGGAGAGAGACAGAAUGGUAAAUGAGGAGACAGCCAGGAGUGGCAACAAAACAGGAAAGAAAAUCGGAAAGUGCACAGCGAGGACAGAUGUGAAGAAGGGAGACAGCGAGAGAAGGGGAGGGAGAAAAAAGGAGAGAGAUGGUGGUUCGAAGAGAUGUGAACAGAGAGGCUGAAAGUGGGGAGAGAAAGUGUGCAGCAGGAGAGAUAAAUACUGGGAGAAAAGGUGUGCGUUCAAGAGACGGGAGAGAUAGUGACAGUUCAUUGAGAUAGUGAGAGGGAAGUGAGACACCAUCGAAAGAGGGAAAAGACAGCCUGUGUGGGUGUAUUGUGAGAGAGACAGAGAGCUGAUAAAAGAUAGUGGGGUGAGACUGGGGACAACACUGUGUCGUGAAUACAGAGGUGGCCUGAACGAGGGAUACUGCAGCAGUGGGAGUGAGAGGGCAGCGAGGUAAAGUUGAGAAAGAAGGGCCGAAAAAAUGUCCGGAGACAGAAGACGAUAGAAGGGGAGGAGAUAAUGGGAAGGAAGUGGGAGAGAGUACGGAUGGUAGAUGGAGGUGGAAUUCAGGAACGAAAAUUGCGGUGGAGCUUGGAGAGUUGUCAAAUGGAGUGCGGAGUGUGGGAAGGGGCCCGUGAGAGAGACGGACAAAAAUGGGCUAAGAGGGAGUGGUGUGUAAAAGGGAAUGAAAGAGAUAGUGAGAUAGCGUGAUGGGGUGGAACUCAAAACGAGAGAAAGGAGGGAAGAGAGAUGCUGAGAGAGUUAGUGUUGGAAACGAGAGAGGGUAGAGUAGGAAAUGCAGGAAGGGGAAGAGACGUAAAGAGAGAGAUAGAGGAAGUAAAAGUCAAAGGGGAUGAGACGGCAUCAGAUACAGUUUAUGGAAGAGGUGAGGCACGCCCUGUGGAGAGAUUGUGGGGCGUGGUUGAAAGAGAGAUGGGGUGAGUAAAAUGCACAGAGAGGGAGAGUGCGGGAGCGGGGUUGGACUGAAUGAAAGAGUGUUGGUGUGCUAUUGAGAGGGCAGUGCAGACGAGCAGUAAGAAAGUGCAGGGGAUGGGUUGUGGAGGGCGAGAGCAGACAGCACUAUUGUGGGGAGAGAUGGGGAGAUGCACCAGUUGAUCUUGGCCCAAAACAUGGGCGAUUGGUCUUCAUCUCCAGUGGCUGCUCGCAGAAUGUAAUUGGACAGCCGACAGAUGUAUACGUGGGUAUAGCGGGUGCGGUGGCUGCGGGCACUGAAUCCAGAUGCAUCUCAUGGAGCGUUAAUGCGAAGAGUAAGAGAAGAGGGAGGAUGUGCUGGGGUCCAUGUGGCAUAGAGUUGGUUGGGGCAUGGGGCGUAAUUGCGGAGGGCCCCUCGGUUUUAAACCUUUCUCUGCUUACCGACAGAGGAAGGUCAGAAUGUUCAGCCUGAUCAGCGCAGUCGCCCUCCUGGUGAGUGCCUCCUGUACUUCAGCCGUGAGCGGAGUUCCUCCAUACUCAGGUUGUGGAAGCCUAUAAGGAGGGAGCAAACGACAGCGACUGGCCUCACCCUGAACCUGGCGACUGGGUGCUGAUCCGAGACUGGGAAAGACCAAAGUUGGG